AAAUGUAUUUUCUUUACUCGAAGUCGACAAAUGCAAACGGUAGUGCUGUGGAAGAUUUAAAUUUUAUCUUUUGGGUAUUCCCAAUUAUUUGGAAGAGUAUUUUUCUACCACUAUAUAUGCAUUUAAUGAUGAAUGAGUCCGAGGAAUGCAUCCCUUUAGUGGUAAACGCAGAUGAGCAUUGUUUUACAGAAAAUACUAAAAGCAUAGUAGGAACAUUCACUCUAUGGAAUCGGCAUAAUAAUAUUCGAAUUUCGGUGGCAGGCUUUUUCAACUCAGACCUGGCUCUUGGAUUUUCGAUAUGCAGUGGAGUCGCAUCUUACCUCCUCAUUUUAAUACAAUUCAAAAUGCAAGAGGAGUACAAAUAAACAACGUAGCAUCUCAUCAGGCAAAUUAUGUUUUAGGUAGUACUUUUGUAAAGUUAAUAAAAUACCUGCGCUGGAGGUGGAAACAACCGGUUCCCACAUUAUACAUUGAGAACAUAAAAAGUGGCAUAUACUCUACGUUAUGUUUGAAUAAUGGUUAAAAAGUAAUUUCACCUAAGAAUAAUAUUUAGAAUUUAGA